UCAUUAAAAACCACAUGUUCUCCAAAGUUCACGCAAGUCGUAGUAAGUUGUUAGAAGCUCAGCCGGCCAUUUCCAAAUUUGUAAAAAAAAGUGAUGAAGUCUGCACAAAAACUAAAUCAGUUCAAGCUCUCGAAGUAAAGUUGUGUGGUUUUGUGGCUGAACAUAAUAUCUCAUUGGCAACAUUGACUCACCUGACAACACUUUUAAAAAGCGCUGUGCCUGAUUCCGAUAUCAUCAAACAUAUGCAAUUAAAAGCAACGAAAGGAACAGCAAUAAUAAAAAAUGUAAUCGCCAAAGCUGAAAAAGAACAACUACAAAAUAAAUUACAGACCAGUCUGUUUAGUGUUUUAAUAGAUGAAUCUACUGAUUUUGGGAGCAUUCAAAUGAUGUUCGUCAUUGUAAGAUUUUUCGAUGCUGAAGAAGGAGAAGUGGUGAGCAAAUUUUGGGAUCUUUGUCAAGUUUUUGAACCUAGUUCAGAUGUUGAGAGUGCUACGGCGAGGCAUUUAUUUGAACUACUAACAAAAUCCUUCGAAGAAUAUGAGAUUGCAUUUAAGAACAUCAUUGGAUUCGCGUCUGAUGGAGCCAGUACAAUGAUGGGAAAAAGUAAUUCUGUAGCUUCAAGGUUCAUUGAAAAGUGCCCUGGCAUUUACAUAUUCAAGUGUCUAUGCCAUUCUUUACAUCUUUGUGCCAGUAAUGCAUGCAAGAAACUACCUAGGAGCUGCGAAGAUUUAGCGCGAAAUAUUUACGGAGAAUUUAGCGCGAAACGACAACAUUUGUUUCAAAAGUUCCAAACAUUCUUCGAGAUCGAUGUCCACAAAAUUCUUCGCCCAGCACAAACGCGUUGGUUAUCUCUGAAAGCGGUUGUUUCAAGAAUAAUUGAACAGUGGCCUGCCUUAGAAUUAUAUUUUAGAGAACAAAUGUUAACAAGUAGAUUAAAAUCUAUUGAAAAGAUUACCCAAGCUCUCAACAAUCCAUUAAUUAAAUUUCUCUAUCUCUUUUUGGAUUUCAUUUACAAAUUUACCGAGUUAAAUGAACUUUUCCAAUCAUCAUCGGUAGUUGUUACGAGUCUUCACGAGAAAAUGUGCCGAAGCUAUCAAGAAUUGUUGGAAACAUACAUGUCAAGGGAUUAUAUUGAUCGAACUGAUUUAAGUGAACUAGAUCCAUGCAAUAAGACACAUUAUUUACCUUCAGAGCAUAUGUACUUCGGUGUUGAAGUCAGAAAAAUUUUGGAUCAGAAUGAAAUUCGGAAUAACAAACAAUUAAAAUCAGAUUUUACAAUAAUAUGUGUUGAAUUAUUAGUAGAAGGUUGUAGCGAAAUAAAGAAACGCUUCAACUUUUCGAAUCCUAUUUUGAAAUUGAUCACUAAUCUUAAUCCCCAAAAAGCGAUGUUAAAAAAGACAAGAGAUUUAAUACCAAGUUUGCUGCCGUUAAUGGAGGCUUUGCCUCGAAUUGCAUCAAGCAAUCAGCAUCAAAUAAUCGACGAUGAGUGGCGUCAAUUGCCAUAUUUUGAACUCCCGGGAAAUAUCAAAAUUGCAGAUCCAAUUGAUAGUUUUUGGGCAAAAUUAAUGGACUGCGGAGAAGGUGAUCAGGGAAUGUCAUUUAAAAAUGUUUCCAAAUUUGUGUUAAAUGUAAUUUCGCUUCCACAUUCGAAUGCUGACAGUGAGCGCAUAUUUAGCCACAUUAAUUUAAUUAAAACUAAAACUUGAAAUAAUAUGAUGGUUUCAACUGUUAAUGGUAUUCUUUUAGCCAAACAAAGAGUAAAAAGUAAAGUUAAUUGCACAACAUAUGAACCAUCGCAAAGCGAGUAUGAUCGUCUGAACAAAUCCUUAAUGUAUAAAAGAAAAACUACAUCAGAAUCUACGAAUAAAAAACUUUGUGACUUGUAUGAUGACUCGGAUCUGGAAGAGUUUAAUAGUAUUUUAAUGCCAAAUGAGGAAUUUUAAGUAUUAAUAGAAAUGAUAUGAAACAAAUAUAACUGAUAGUUUUAAGAUUCUAAGAUUGAAUUGAAUUGAAGAUUAUAUGUAAAAUGUUGCAUAGUAUAUAUUGAGAUAAAAUAAAAUAUUUCUUAGUUAUA